AUGAGCACCACCACCAGCCCGGAAGCUGCCCCCAAACCGAGUGCCAAGUCCAUUUAUGAGCAGAGGAAGCGCUACUCCACUGUGGUGAUGGCCGACGUCUCCCAGUAUCCAGUCAACCACCUGGUGACGUUCUGCCUGGGCGAGGAGGACGGCGUGCACACCGUGGAGGACGCCUCUCGGAAGCUGGCCGUCAUGGACAGCCAGGGCCGCGUCUGGGCCCAGGAGAUGCUGCUGCGCGUGUCUCCCGACCACGUCACGCUGCUCGACCACGUCUCCAAGGAGGAGCUGGAGUCCUACCCGCUGGGCGCCAUAGUGCGCUGCGACGCGGUGGUGCCGCCCGGCCGGGGCCGCUCGCUGCUGCUGCUCGUGUGCCAGGAGCCCGAGCGCGCGCAGCCCGACGUGCACUUCUUCCAGGGCCUGCGUCUCGGGGCGGAGCUGAUCCAGGAGGACAUCCAGGGGGCUCUGCACAACUACCGCUCUGGCCAAGGGGAUCGAAGGGCGGCGGCGCUCAGAACGAUCUUCGAAGGGAGUCAAAGCCUCUUCGAGUGCUGCGUGUACCUCCCAGACAAGUGUGCCCGCCUCCGGGCCCCUGCUUUCCCUGAGUCCGGGACUCGGGGGUCUCACUCGUCCCCCUGCUCUGUCCCCCAGGACAUACUGAACCACGUGUUCGACGACGUGGAGAGCUUCGUGUCGAAGCUGCAGAAGUCUGCGGAGGCGGCCCGGGUGCUGGAGCACCGGGAGCGUGGCCGCAGGACCCGGCGCCGGGAGGCCGGGGAGGGCCUCCUGGCGCUGCGGGCCAAGCCGCCCAGCGAGGCCGAGUACACCGACGUGCUUCAGAAAAUCAAGUACGCCUUCAGCCUGCUGGCGCGGCUGCGCGGCAACAUCGCCAACCCCUCCUCCGCGGAGCUGCUGCACUUCCUGUUCGGCCCUCUGCACGUGAUUGUGGACAUGUCGGGCGGACCCAAGUUUGCGAGCGGCGUGCGGCGGCCGCACCUGACGUCCGAGGCCGUGGCGCUGCUGCGGGACAAUGUCACCUCCAGUGAAAAUGAGCUCUGGACCUCGCUGGGGGACUCUGAGGUUAGUGACAGGACUAAGUUGGGGCGGGCCAGAGUCCCUGAGCCCUCGCCCGUCUUUGGCUGCAGGCUGGAGUUGCCCCCGGAGGAGGGACCCCCAUACAUCCCCGAGUUCUACAGCGGCUGGGAGCCGCCGGCCACAGACCCACAGGGCCGCCCCUGGGAGGACCCAGUAGAAAAACAGCUACAGCACGAGCGGCGGCGCAGGCAGCAAAGCGCCCCCCAGAUCGCUGUCAAUGGUCACCAAGAUGCGGAGUCAGAAGCUGAGCCCCAGCCAGAGCCGCAGCCGGCGGGGAAGUGGGUCCUGUGCAAUUACGACUUCCUGGCCCGAAACAGCAGCGAGCUAUCCGUCAAGCAUCGGGACGUGUUGGAGGUCCUGGAUGACAAGCGUAAGUGGUGGAAGGUUCGGGACCAGCGCGGGCAGGAGGGAUACGUGCCCUAUAAUAUCCUGACACCCCACGCGGGGCCCCAGGGGAGCCGCAGCCAAAGCCCUGCCCGCAUUCUGGACAACAGCACUCCGCCCCCCCCGACGGUGGGCGCGCUGGGCGUGCUGACGGGCGCGCAGAUCUUCUCGCUGCAGAAGGAGGAGUUCCGGGCGGUGAGCCCCGAGGAGGGGGCCCGCGUGUACAGCCAGGUGACGGUGCAGCGCGCGCUGCUGCAGGACCGAGAGACGGUGUCGGAGCUGGAGGCGGUGAUGGAAAAGCAAAAGAAGAAGGUGGAAGGCGAGGCGGAAACACAGGUCAUUUGACCCUGCACCCUCCGGUGGAAGUGUCCAGGCAGCGGGUUUCCCCGCACCCCGUGGGAGCACGGACUCUGCAGACACCCCCCAAGGGCAGUAGACCCCUCGAAGGGUCGCGGACCCUGUCUGGCCUUGGUCUUCCCCCAUCCCGGUGGAUGAAAUGGACCAUCCUUGCUGGACUGUCAAGCGGGGCCUGGCUGGACUGGGGGGGGGGACGGGACAACAUAUGGACCCUGCUGUGGCGCACCCCGGAGAGGGCAUGCUCGGGAGCCCUGCUCACUGCCGUGCUGCAGUGUAUAAACAGCCUCCUCUUAACAGGCCUUGUCAACUAAUGUCCCUUCUCUACCCGGCUACCAGGGGGCUCAGGAACCUGCCCCUCACCCGUUUUAGCUUCAUAGGAGGAAUCUAGGAGAGGUCCCCACUUUCUUUGGUUUCUUUCUCUGAACCCUCCUCUCCUUACCCAGAGCCCUGACCCAGGCUUCCUCCUGACCUCCAGCCCUCCAGUUCAGUCCAGAGGGAUCUUCCUAACACCCAAUACCCCAGCCCGCCCCUUGCUCAGAACCCUCCUCCGGGUCCCCAUAGCCCUCAGCCCCACUGGCAUUUGAGGCCCCGAGGGUUUGGUCCCCACACACCUCUUCAGCCUCAUCUUACUGCCCUUCUUCCAUGCAUUCUGGUCCUUCCCUUCGCCAAACACUCCCCAAACCU